GGGAAACCUAUGCAAACAAGUAAGCAAGUGGGAUAUAGUAAAAUCAGCACAUGUGAGCUUUGGGAUUCUGUAACAACUUCAGUCCACUAACUAUUUAAUUAUACCACAUUUCUUCUAACCCUUACAGUAACUUAGCCUUCAUAUCCUUAUUACUCUUUUACAUCUCUAAUCUCACUUCCUCCACAUUCCUCUGUUUCCAUGGCUCUCUCCAUCUUCUUCCAUCUUCUCUUCAUUCUCUUCUCUGUUUCGCCGUCAAAUGCACAGUCGUUUAUCGGAGUAAACUACGGCUUACUAGCCGACAACCUCCCACCACCGUCCGAAACGGCCAAACUCCUUCAAUCUACCUCCAUCGAGAAAGUGAGGCUAUACAAUGCCGAUCCCUCCAUCAUCAAAUCCUUGGCAGGCACCGACAUCGGCAUUGUUAUCGGAGUAGCCAAUGGCGAUCUCCCGUCUAUCGCCUCCGAUUUUAAUGUCGCCUCUCAGUGGAUAAAUUCCAACGUACUUCCUUUCUAUCCUGCCUCCAACAUCAUUCUCAUCAAUGUCGGCAACGAGGUGUUGUUGUCUAAUGACCUGAAUCUAGUGAACCAACUUCUCCCGGCGAUGCAAAAUGUUCAAAAGGCCCUCGAGGCGGUUUCACUAGGCAGAAAAAUCAAGGUGUCUACGGUCCAUGCAAUGACGGUGCUAGGCAACUCCGAACCGCCAUCAGCUGGUUCAUUUGCUCCUAGUUAUCAGGCUGGUUUAAAGGGCAUUCUACAGUUCCUUAGCGAUACUGAGUCGCCUUUUGCCAUCAACCCGUACCCGUUCUUUGCGUACCAGAGCGACCCGAGACCCGAAACGCUGGCGUUUUGUCUUUUCCAGCCUAACCCUGGACGGGUAGACUCAAACACUGGAAUCAAGUACAUGAACAUGUUCGAUGCUCAGGUUGAUGCAGUACACUCAGCUUUGAAAUCGAUGGGAUUCGAGAAAGUAGAAGUGUUGGUAGCCGAAACAGGUUGGCCAUCUACCGGUGACAACAACGAGGUAGGUCCAAGUGUUGAGAAUGCUAAGGCUUACAAUGGAAAUCUCAUUGCUCACUUAAGGUCCAUGGUUGGCACUCCGCUCAUGCCCGGCAAAUCCAUCGACACUUACAUUUUCGCUCUCUUUGACGAGAAUCUCAAGCCUGGUCCUUCCUUUGAGCGAUCUUUUGGCCUUUUCAAGCCUGAUCUUUCCAUGGCCUACGACAUUGGACUCACUAAAACUACUAGUAGUCAGACUUCACAAUCUCCACAGUUGGGAAAAGCAACAUCCAUGGGAUGGUGUGUGCCAAAGGAGGAUGCGACUCAAGAGCAGUUGCAAGAUAGUCUAGAUUGGGUUUGUGGGCAGGGAAUCGAUUGUGGCCCAAUAAUGCCAGGAGGGGUUUGUUUCGAGCCUAACAAUCUUGUCUCUCAUACAGCAUAUGCCAUGAAUCUUUAUUUCCAAAAAUCUCCUGAAAACCCUAUGGAUUGCGAUUUCUCUAAAGCCGCGAGGAUCACUUCUGAGAACCCUAGUUAUGACAGUUGUGUCUAUCCAAGAGCAGGAGAUGGAACCAUAAAUGGAGAGACGAAUAAAUAUGUGACUUCAGACAAAUCAACGGAGAAGAACGGAUCCAAAUGCUCAUGUUCCCUCUCAUUGCCACUCUUUAUCAUCUUUAUCUCUUUUUUCUUCAAUUUUCCCAACUUGAGAAUUAUGUAGCAGUUGUCUCAUUUAGUCUCAGUUCCUACCAUUUUAUUCAAUUCAUCUAAUCAUUUUGUUGUUCUCCCAUUAUUAUAAAUAAUAUUAUUAAAUCUAAUCCAUUAAUGUUGUUUUUAA